CCUACAGGGAUGCCUACAUCUUGGCGGUCAUCAACAGUUUGACCAGCUUCUUUGCUGGCUUCGUGGUGUUUUCUGUACUGGGCUUCAUGGCAUCGGAGCAGGGGGUGGACGUCUCCCAGGUGGCGGAGUCAGGUCCGGGCCUGGCCUUCAUUGCCUAUCCCAAAGCUGUGACUCUGAUGCCACUCUCUCCACUCUGGGCUACGCUGUUCUUCUUCAUGCUUCUUGUUCUGGGGCUGGACAGCCAGUUUGUGGGCGUGGAGGGUUUCAUCACGGGGAUCCUGGACCUGUUUCCGCAGCCAGCCGCCGGCUCCUGGCGCAGAGAAGUAACCGCUGCGAUCUGCUGCCUCGUUUGCUGUAUCAUCGAUCUCUCCAUGGUGACCCAGGGGGGCAUGUACGUCUUUCAGCUCUUUGACUAUUAUUCAGCCAGCGGCAUCACACUUCUGUGGCAGGCCUUCUGGGAGUGCGUGGUGAUCGCUUGGGUCUACGGAGCUGACCGUUUUAUGGAUGACAUUGCCCGCAUGAUCGGCUACCGGCCUCUGCCCUACAUGAAGUGGUGUUGGUCGCUCAUUACGCCGGCUGUGUGUGUGGGAAUUUUCUUGUUCCACGUGGUGAACUACCAGCCGUUGACUUACAACAAGACAUAUGUCUACCCCUGGUGGGGAGAGGCUAUUGGCUGGGCUCUGGCCCUCGCCUCCAUGCUCUGCAUUCCCUGCACCGUCGCAUACAAGCUUCUGCGAAGUGAGGGCUCCUUGCAACAGCGCUGGCAGGUGCUGACCACACCUGUCUGGGGCCACCACCACCUGGAGUACAUGACACCUGAAGCUGAGGCAAAACUCCUGCCCCCGGACGGCCUCGCUGCAGCCCCCAUGGAGAAGGCAACGCUUUUUGAGACUGUGAUCUAAGGGCUUCUCUUCCUUGUAGCGGUAGCACGUGAUACCAAGAUCAAUUGGGGGGGCGGGGGGGGGGAGUGUAGCGUGAAAUUAGCACAGAGAGUUCAAUCUUUUACUGAAUCAGAAUGCAAGAGACCAAAAACACCCCCGCCCACACGAACUGCGCUGCCCACCCUUUUGGUUGUGAUCCAUACCCUGCGCGCUUCAGGAAAGCCAUCUUGCGUGAGGUUCACGUGGCUGAAAGACUCUGAACCAGAUCUGGGAAAGUCCAGCGUGUAACAUGGAGGUGCUAAUGGCAGCAGCGGGCAACCCCAUAACCCCAAACACACCCUUC